CGGGGGCGCCGGGCCAUGAAGGGUGGCGGCGGAGCCGCUCCCAGCGCCUGCCCGCCGCCCGCCGACCGCCACCGCGACGCUGGGGGACCGGCGGGGCUCCUGCCAGCUUACUGCUAUGGACAGUGCUAUCACUCUGUGGCAGUUCCUCCUCCAGCUCCUCCAAGAGCCUCAGAACAAGAAUAUCAUCUGUUGGACCUCCAACGACGGGGAGUUCAAACUGCUGCAGGCAGAGGAGGUGGCCAGACUCUGGGGAAUCCGCAAGAACAAGCCCAGUAUGAACUAUGAUAAACUCAGCCGUGCUCUCAGAUACUAUUAUGUGAAGAAUAUCAUUAAAAAAGUGAAUGGUAAGAAGUUUGUGUACAAGUUUGUUUCCUAUCCGGAGAUUUUAAAUAUGGAUCCACUCGUGGUGGGCCGUAUAGAAGGAGACCCUGAAAUGGCUGGUUUUACAGAAGUUAGCAGUGCUUCAAAGGAUGUGGAAAACUGUGGGAAGGAGAAGUCUCAGUCAUGUGGUAAAUCCUCCAGCCGCAAUGACUAUAUCCACUCAGGCUUGUACUCCUCUUUUACUCUGAACUCCCUGAACUCUUCCGGUGUAAAACUCUUCAGGUCCAUCAAGAUUGAGAAUCCAGCUGAGAAACUGACAGAGAAGAAACCUGCUCAGGAUCUGACACCAUCUGUCAUCAAGUUUGUAACCAUGCCCUCCAAAAAGCCUUCGUCUGUCCCCCUCGUCUCUGCCACUUCAACACUUUCUGCCACUUCAACUGCUUCUGCCACUUCAGCUGUAUCUGAUCUUCCAGUGGCAUCAGAAGACACUCUUCAGACCUUGGAGACUCUUGUUUUACCCAAGUUAACUGCCCCCGAAGCUCCAGCACCUUUGCCAAACUUAACCACCAGCUUCACCCCAACUCCACCUGUAUCCUCAGUUUCUCCCACUCUGCAAGUUCCUUCUACACCACCUUCGCCACCCUUGAGCUCUAAUCCUGACCUGGACAUUGACACGGACAUAGAGUCAGUGGCUUCUCAACAGCUAGAGCAGGCUCAGAGCCUUCAGCAUCAAUCCCCAGAGCCCAAAGAGCAGGAUUCAUCUGUGCUGGAGAAGGAAUUUGUCAAUCACCUCUCCAGAUCUAAAAAACCCAAAGGGCUAGAAUUGGCUCCUACUUUGGUCAUUACAGGCAGUGAUCCAAGUCCGUUGGGGAUACUGAGCCCUUCUCUCCCAACUGCUUCUCUUACUCCAGCACUUUUCUCUCAGACGCCCAUCUUGCUGACCCCCAGCCCCUUGCUCUCCAGUAUUCACUUCUGGAGUACGCUAAGUCCGGUUGCUCCUCUCAGUCCUGCAAGGUUGCAAGGUGCUAAUACACUCUUUCAGUUUCCAUCAGUGCUGAACAGUCACGGGCCAUUUACUCUGUCUGGACUGGAUGGACCCUCUACCCCUGGCCCAUUUUCCCCUGAUCUCCAGAAGACAUAGCACAUGAACUCACGGAAAGGACAUUUUGGCGAGCAAAGGAAAGAUAUGACACUUAUAUUUAACCAUGUUUUUUAAAUGAGCAAUUUAUAAUUCCACAGAGAUUAUCAACAGUCAUACCAUUCCCAAUUAAAAUGCCUUUUUUUGCAAAAUUCCCUUUUUUGAAGACCCAAAUUGGGAAUGUAUAUGCAAACGCCUUAAUAGGAGCCAAAGCUCCAGUCUCUUCCCUUCUUGGUUUGGAAGAUUUCACUAUGAGUAAAGGGAGUUUCAGUUUGUGUUGCAGUAGCUGAGUCUGCACUGAUUGCAGUAAAUGGUAUCAGAGAAAUCUUUUCUUUCUGACUCUUGGAAACCCUUCUGUUGUUCUGCUUCCUGUGCUUGGCAAGAAGAAAUCUAAUUGUGAUUGAAGCUGGCAUUCCAGGAAAUGCUAGGGAAAGGGGUGUGCACACUCAGCUUUGCCUUGGGGCCCGAUAACUUCUGCAGCAACAAAACAGCUCACGUCUUAUCUACUGUAAAAACAACUUAUCUUUUUGCAGGGAGCAAUUUUCAAGGAAUGCUCAAUGACGGUGUUAUUGAGAUACAGACAAUUUUUGAAUGGCACUGCAUACAAACAGUUCAGCCUCUCCGAGAAGUGGACUGGUUAGCUUCUGGAUGCUUCCCUGCCCUCCCUCCGGUGAGCAGGCAAGGCCUGGAGACACAUGAAUGGUGGGGUUAGUUCCUUUCAGUUCUCAGAUUGUUUGAAUGUUAAAGUCCAAACAUUUCUUUUGCCAGAAAUCUGUUACAAAGCUUGUAAUUUGACUUCUAGGAAAUUAGCAGAAUGAUGGAUUUUAUGUGAGGUUUGGAGGGUGUGUCUGUACUUGGUGAGGUUGCUGCCUGAUGCUAGAGCUUCAGACCCAAGCAGUGGGUGAGAACACUAACGUCUGAGCAUUAACGUUACUGCUCUUUUCCCACAGACACCUGAAGCGGAAAAGUUCCUUUUCUCCUAGCUCUUAUCUCAAGUUUGCUUUAAAUUUAUUCCUUUUUUUUUGUUUGAGGAAGAACUGAAACCCAGAAAAAGUUAGUCAUAGUGUGUACACACAGUUGAGAGGUGUCACACUGUAUCAACCUUACUGUAAAUUUGUGCUUGCUUAUUUUUCUUGGUGGCUUGGUUGUAUGGAUUAGUACAAGAUUAGUUUCCAGAGCCAUCUGAAACACUGGUGAAACUAAAUUUGUAGAUAGAUUUUUUUAGAACCUCAGGAGGCCUUUUAAGAGAACUGAGGAAUGAAAGAAGAGAGAUUCUUCUCACAGCCCCUUGGAGACUGGAUGUCUUGGUGUCUUGGCACUGGGCUGUGUGCCCUUCCACUUUGGCCAUCUGCUGUCAGGCAGCGACUUCUGCUUGCUACUCACGUAUGUACAUUGAGUUGGUGAUGCAAGAUAAUCUUCGGCAUAAAAUGUCCACUAGGAAACAGAGACCAUCUCUUUGCUUUGACCUCUUGCUGGCUUACACUGAAGUAUUAAUGAGCAGAGAAAGAUUGUACCUUCAGAGCAAGAGAAGCUGGCGUUGUACUUUUACGUAGUACACCUGUCUUACGGAUCAAUGGUGAACUCGAUUUUCGCGAGUUUUCCCUUUGCCACUUUUGCAGACUCUGAAUUUACUUUAUUGCAUGUAUGACGAUACCCUUGACUUAAUUUACUGCAGUGACGUUAUCUUUCUGUAUCCUGGCAUUGAGAUAUACAAACCACAUAGUAUAUUUCUGAUAUGCUACCCUACGUAGUCAGGUGUAAUAGUGUUGCUUUUGGGGUGCUGUUCAUGCAGAAAGUCCCCUGUCCAGUGGGAGGCUGGAGAAAAGAAUAUGCCUGUCUUUAAGUGGAGAUAGCAGGGAGUUAGCUGAUACAGUGAACUGUCUUCCCCUUAGGUCAGUCAGAGGCAUAAUACUGCUGCACGCUUUAGACAUCAGCAGAUGAAGUUCCUGUGCCGGUGGCUCUUAAAAUGACAAUGUGCAAUAUUGACUUUUUUUUUUUUAAUGCAGAAAGAAAGCUGCAGAUCGUGAUUAAGAGCAGGCAUCUGGAAUUUUCUGGUUUGCAUGACAGUUUAUGAGUCUGCUCUAGAAAAUAUAUAUAGGUAUAUAUAAAUAGCAGCACUUUCAAUGGUUGUAUUAGGUUGGCCAAUUUUAUACCCACUGAGUGUGUGGACCUGACAGCAACAUUGCAGACUAGGAUUAGAAUUUAAAAAUAAUUAAUGAGCACUAAUGACGUGCAAUUAAAGACUUGCAAUUUAAUUGCUUCCCUUUCCUUGUCCUAUGGAGAAAAGCCAAGUUUAUUUGUUUAAAAGUUGUGUAUGUGCACACAUGCACUUAAUUUUUUGUAGACUGUAUCACUUUGAGUAUAGGAACGCAAGAGAACCAAAUGCUGAUGUAGCUUGUCAGUUCGGCUUGGCCUAGUGUCAUGCUCUUCUCCAAGCAGUUUUACAAGAUUGCACUGCCAUAGGUGGUUGAUGAGAUACACCUUCAUCUUUUCUUUGGGAAUACCUUCUUCAGAGGAAAUUAAUAUGUGUGUGUUUGGUUUCAAUCUGGAAGUGUCCAGCUUUCUGACAGGAAGCACUGAGAAGAUAAUUACUUUUGCUUCUUAUGCACACGCCUAAGAAAAGUCCCAUAUAGGAUUAUAAUCUCAGGAGGCAGUGGGCAAAGCAAGUUGAAAGGGUAAGUGAGAUGAGGUGGGAGAGAUGCUUGCUCACCUUUUCUCCAUUACAGCUUCCAGGUUUCCUGAGGUAAUACUGUUCUGUGUGUGCUGUCUCACUAAACACACAUUCAGUAACCAGUAUAUAACUGUCAGCUUUUUUGAUUUGGCACAUUCCUGACAGCACAGUGUUGCUGUGACUUCCUUGGAGCUUGGUUACAUGAAUUGCUGGUACGCUACCAGCUCACUUCUGGAGUAUUUUGCAGCUUUUUGCAGCUUGUUUUUUAAUACAGUGUAGGGAAGGUGGGAGUUAAUACAGACUCUCUUUUAGUUACCACGUUAGCCGUUUGUAAUAAGGAUAUAAUACCGUGUUGGUUUAAAAAAAUUAAUAGUGCAGCAUUAGGAAAACAUUUUAUUACAUUAAAAUUCAUGUUGCUGAAGUAGCCAUGGUAUUCUUGAAUGCUUGAUAGUUUUUGCAUUGUGAUAGUUGAUUCAUAGAUGAUAGUAGAAUUAGACUGGAUGAGCAUGGAAGCUGAACAUCUGUCUUGCUUCUAGACGUCUCUCUUCCAUGUCAUUGCCGCUUUGUAGUAGUACUGCGGAGUUGAAAAGCUUGUGCUGCUGUUGCUGUCUGUGCCAUGCCUGGCUUUUUUGCAGGAUGCCACUAGCAACAUGUGCUGCUAGCAAAGGCAAUCCAUGGAAAGAAGAAAUGUGUUAAUAAUACCCUGUGGUUAUAGAACCAUACUUGUUUUGCCUCUACUUGUGUUCAGAGAUGUAAUCUUAGUAAUAAGGGUGAUAGAGGAAUGUGUUUUCUUUAACAGUAGCUUAAGUCUAGAUCCUUGUUUCAGAAAACUGGUCUUCAGCGGUGUCUGCUGAAUGUUAUUCCUAUGCACUGUUUUUGGCACACUGAAGUUGCAAUUUUGUUAUAGGUCAGGAAGUAAUGAAAUUCAUUGAAUUUGAGAAUUCAUUGUAUUCACUUAAUGUCCAAAGACUUCAGUAUCCAUGCAGUCAUUGACGUAAUGGAGCAUGCAUUGUAUUGCAGUGAAAGGCUUUGGCUAUUCAGUGGUUUGUCUAGGAAAACUUCAUCUUUUGAUAUGUUUUCAACCUCAGAUAGCUAGCAAAUAGAUUGUUUUUGUUUUUUUAUAUAGUGUUCAUUUUAACCCCGUGAAGGCUGCUUAUGUUUGUAUCUUCCUUUACACAGCUUUUAAAAACGCAAUCGUUGCUUAAUGUAAGAAGACUCCCUCAUGAUGUCAACUUUCAUGCAAGAACUUCUGCAAAUUGAGAUCGGAUAAAAGAACUAGAUUAUCGCAUUGAUACAAUUUCUCAGGUGAACUGAAAUGCAGAGUUCUGAUCCACUUCUGUAGCAUUUUUCUAGUGCUGCGUUCAGAAGCCUACAGUCCUGACAGUCUACUGGCUAUCCAUGUUUUAUUCAUAUACCUUUUUAGUUACUUUUUUGCUACUGUUUUAUAGCAUUUUUUGUAUGUACUCAUGUUUUACUAUACAAUUUAACCUCUUCUUUUUUUUAAUGCAUACUUGUUUACAAGACACAUCUCAGUGUUGUAUCAAGAGGCUAUCUUGGUAUUGUCAGCUAUGAAAUAAACUACAUCAGUAGUUAAGGAACAUUGUCAAAGUUGACAGAUAUUUUAAAACUUGAUGUUUGGGUUUUGGGUGUCCACAACAAUUCUGUUCUGUUUUGUUCCUUUGUUCUCCUAUGUGAGGAAUGUACAUACCUUCUGGCCUCUAAGGUCUUAGGUAUGGAUAGUUUAUUUGGUCUUAAUAAUUGUGGAGCAUGGUAAUGCAAACAAAGAGCGUGAGCCCCACAGGAUCUUGUACUCAGCAGACAAGUUGAUAAUCCAUUAGAAAUGCAGUCACAUUGUUUAGAAGCUGAUUUGGGACAUUUUAAUGAGGUAUAGCAUGUCUUGCUUAAACAGGAAUUUUUAUGGUUUGAUUUCACUUAAUUAAACUGUAAGUGGCAAUGGCUGCUCGUUAGUCUGAACAGUAUUAGCAAAUCUGCUUAAUGUAGAAGCCUUUGGCUAUUGCCAUCAGGUUGAGUGGUGAUUAAUGUGAAAUGCUAAAGUUGAUCUGCUGAAACCAGAAGCUCUCAGAUAAAGAUUAAAAGAUAAAUGCAGUGACAAUUGUUUUAUGCAGCUCUUCAGGGCUGUUAACUGCGAAAGGCGUUUUCCUGGAAUUGAAAUCUGUGGACACGGCAUUCCACUUCGUUCGAGCUAAUAGUUACUGGCUCCAUAGAGCCCUUUACAAAAGCUGAUUCUGGACAGAGAGACAUUUUACAAAAUGGAACCAAACCCUUUCUCUGUAGCCUGCUCUUAGUUGUAAGGAUGUAGUAUUGGAACUGCAAAGCCACAGUAAUGGCAGCGCUGCCAUAUUUCUGUGAUCUGUGUUAUGUGUUGUUAACACACUUGUUUAAAUUCCCUGACUGCCUUGGUGCCAUCUGAAGCAGAAGGAUUAAACUUUGUCUUUGGAUAUCUAGUGGAUCCUCAACUUAGAAAGUACAGGUUUUUGCCUUUGUGCAAAGAACAAAUUAAGAAGGGCGAAUAUGUUCACAGCAGAAUGUUGAUCCUUUUUGGAGGAUGCAGCUUCGCUGACCGUGACUAUGCUUUUUAAAAAAAAUGUAACUUGCAAGGUAAGAAAACUGGGCAGGGCCCGAUAUUUUGUCUUGAAUAUAUUGUCUUGAGUAUAAUAUGUUAAUGUAUUUCCCUUUUGAGGUAGCAAGAUGUCAGCAGCUUCAUAUAUAGUAUUCUACAAAAACCAAUAAACUGACUAGAUUUGAUUUUUAUUUACCCUCCCUCGCCAAAGAAUGUUGUAGACGAUUUUGACUGUGGAGCUAUUCCAGACAUCUGAUUAAAAAAGCAUACUCUGACAGCUGAAAACUUUGUUUUUUAUAUGCAUUGUUUAACUGAGACUGGAAUAGCUCUCUUCAUAUGAACAUAAGUAAGUUUGUACACACCUACUGCUUGUGAGGAUGUGUGUUCAUUAUGUAUUCUAGCUUUCAGACUUGUACAAAUAGUGCUUACAGUGUAUACUGAAAGUAAAUGCUGCACGGUGCAGUUGCCACUUUUAAAUGUUUUGCACUUGCUGUUGUGGGUUUUUUUGAGGGGGGAGGGCAAAGGGAAUGUAGAUCUCAAAUCCAUUAUACCACAAUGUGUUGCCAAAGGUUAUUUAUAAAUGCAACUUUGACAUUGUUAUAUGCCACAUAUUUCAAAAAGUGUCUUAAAUUUAUCUCUGAAUAGUUUUAUGUUCAUGGAACAGAAAUUGAGACUCUUCCCCCAAACACAUGCUUCUCGGUUGAGACCACGCGCUGCAGAAGGUUCUCAUCUCAGAGUCUUGUCUUAGUUUUGUAACGUGGUAAUUAUGAACUUCUGGAAAACAGGGGUCUUGUAAUGGAGACACUGAAUGACCUGUGAGCAGCGCAGAUAAGGAGGGUAGAGGAGAGAAGAGGUUGGAACGUGUUGUGUUUGGAGCCCGUUUCAGUCCUUGAGCAGUACCUGCAGUAGUGCUCUACUAAUAACUGGAAACUUUUCUGUUUUGUUUUGUUCUGUUCUGUUCUUUAAACAUAGGAAGGCUUUGUGGAUGGCCUCUGCAUGGUUCCUAGCGUGUGCUGUGUGCUAGAGGGGUUACAAUACCUGGGUUUGCUCUAGGCUCCUUGAGAUGUGCUGUGUUUUUUUUUUUUUUUUUUCUUUUUUCUUUUCUUUUGGCUAGCAUGUCUUAAAUCUUCAGGCUUUGAAACUGCUUUAUAGAAUUGUGUUGACUUUUUGUUCUGCUGUUGUUCAGUUGCACAGAGUUUUUUAUAUAUGAUGUACUAGUUUUAAUGUUAAUUCUCUGUGAACAGGGUUGAGAUUAUUCAUUGUAGUUUUUUUUUAAAAAAGAAAAGUUGUAUUCUGAAACUCCCUUUUAAAAUCCUGUUUGUAUUCUGUUGCAGUGUUACCAGAUGGCCUUAUGUACGUCACAGUGUUUUGUGAUAAGUACAGUAGCACAUUUAAUGCUUAUUUCCCUCCCCCCUCUGUUUUUAUAGCUGAGAAAUAUAUUCUUAAUGAUAGAGGUGAAUAAAUGGACAAAUUGUAAUGACAUGUACAGUAAGGACAUGAGUAUUAGUUGUUCUUCUCUAAUGUAUUUUAGGACAGCUGGAAUUAAUCUGAGACUGAAACAGCUCUGAACAGGGAUAGUUAACCAGCAAGAAACUUUGUCUUGUUUCUUCUGAUGGCAGGUUUGCAUUGUGUCCCAGAGGCUUGUAAAUCAGAUUAGAUCUGUUGACUUCAGUGGAAGGGAUCUGAUUUAACUAGCUGAGAAUCUUUUCCUUGCAGUUUUUUGUCUAAUGGCUGAGACUGGACUUAAGGGAGGGAAAUGUAAGUUAAAUUUUAGAGAACUUACUUAAAUAACCUAAUCAGCUAUGAUAAUAUGUGACAGUUGUUGUUCUGUUUAUUUUUAAAGUGCACAUCUGUUUUGGAAAGUGACUUGCUGAUGCUUUUAGUGUUAAUUGAAUUUUUAAGUUAAGCUGGGUUCAUUGAAAAGCAGCAGAUGAUGUUUGCAGGCUUUUUUUUUUUUUUUUUUUU